CCAAAGGGGUGUCGCGGAGUCGACGCUAGGAGGGCCGGAGGGCCCGAAAGGGGUGUCGCGGAGUCGACGUUAGAAAGGCCGGAGGGCCCAAAAGGGUGUCGCGGAGUCGACGCUAGGAGGGCCGGAGGGCCCGAAAGGGGUGUCGCGGAGUCGACACUAGGAAGGCCGGAGGGCCCAAAGGGGUGUCACGGAGUCGACGAUAGGAAGGCCGGAGGGCCCAAAGGGGUGUCGCGGAGUCGACGUUAG